AUGACGGCUUCCGGCCAACAACGGGCUAAACUUUCUAAAGGGGCGAAGGCAAAAAGAUGUGGAACAAACUGCUGCACUCGGCUAGUAGAGGAGGGCGAAUUCUGGAUGACAUUUGAGGAUUUUCUUGCCCAAUUUAAAUCCCUUGUGAUCUGCCAUAUGCCAACUGAGGCACUCUGGCAUGGCUGUGGCGCAGUCGCACUUGCUUGUGGCGGUCCGAUGGAACUUUCAGCCUGGGAUAUCUGGCAGGUGAUCAGCAAGCAGGUGAUCCUAUAUAAUUUGUCUUUGUACUUGGGGCUUUUAAAUAAUAGCUGUCUUCCUUUUAUCAUGGAUAUUCAGUUUAAAGAAAGCCAUUUGAUUAUUCAACUUGCAAUGAUUACUUAA